UCUCUCUUUCUCUCUCAAACAAAAACACUAGCGCACACCCAUGAACAGAACCAAACAAAACAAAGCAGCAAAGACCCGAGACCAAGAGACACAUGAACAACCAACUACUCCAAUCAGCUUAACCCAGGCUUUAUUAGUUUUCAUCUCCCAAAUCUAUUAGCGUACAGCAUGUUUUGUUUUAUUAUUUGAGUGUAUUCUACAAGGUUGUACUUAAGUGUUUGGUUUUUGGUAAUUAUUAAGAUAUAUUGUAUUUUUUUGGUAAUGGUUUUGGUAGUUAAGGAAGGGUUCCUUGCUUGCUAAAAAUUGUGGGAUUUUUUUGGUUGUGGUCUAUUAGUUGUUAAGCUUUCAUUUUCUUCUAUCUGAUAUUUUCGGCUGGUGGUUCCUAUGUUUGACUCCAUUUGAAGCAAAGCCCAAGUCUUUUCUUUAAGCUCUAUGCUGUAAUGGGUAUUGGAUUGUUUUCUUGGAUUUUACAAAAUCAGUUUGAGGCAGAAGAAGAAGAAGAAGAAGUGAAGAAUUGGAGUUGAAUUUUUUGGGAUGGUUUUGUUGGGUUUUGAUAUGGGUAUUGGCCAAAGUUCAAGUUUUUGGCGGUUUGAGAGGAGGGGGUUGGGGUUUGUGUUUCGGAUUGUAUUUGGAUUGUGGCUUUGUUUGGUGCUUUCGCAGCCGGUGGCGGGUCUGAGACCAUUGCGGGAGAGAGCUCGUUCAUGGGGAGAUGAGUGGCUAUUUAUAAGAAAAGAUGAAAGUGAGUUGGGCCCAUUUUCUGCAUGGAACAUAACAGGAACUUACAGAGGGAGUUGGAAAUUUCUAGAUUCCACAAAUGGCUCUUCCAGGUUUCCAGAUUUGAGGAAAUCCUCAGGCAAUUCAAUGAUUGAAUUAGUUAGUACACCAACAAAAAUAACCGGUGUACAUUAUGUUCAGGGGGUAAUUAUUUUCCAUGAUGUGUUUGACAAUGAACACAAUGUUGGGGGUGCUCAAAUCAGGGUGGAAGGUGUAUAUAUAUGGCCUUUUAGACAACUUCGAAUGGUAGCUAACAGUGGAAAAGAGGGGGAGCUGAGUCAGGAAGAUGAUUAUCUUUUAUCUAAUCCAUAUCAUUUGCUAGGAGUUUUCUCAUCCCAGGUGUUCCAAGAAUCUCCACGGGAUAAGAUAUGGAGAAGAAAACAUUCACCAAUUUAUCAAAUGGAGAAGCAUUGUAAUAUUGAAAUUGCAGCUCAAAUUUCACGCGUUUCAUCGAACCAAAAUGAUGGGGAUCGUGAUCGUUAUCAUAUAGAAGGGUUAAUGGAAAGUCCUGCAGUGGAUGAUGAUAGGGAUUGCUUCUCACCCUUACUGAUAAAUGCUACAUCUGUCAACAUUGAGGUCUACUAUAACAAGGCAGUGAACUACACCUUGAUGGUCACCUUUGUCUCUUUCCUUCAAGUUCUUCUACUAAUUCGGCAGAUGGAACAUGGCAACACUCAAUCUGGAGCUGCCAAAGUUUCAAUUUUAAUGAUUGGCCAACAAGCUAUCAUGGAUGCUUAUCUUUGCCUUCUCCAUCUGACAGCUGGAAUACUUGUUGAAUCCUUAUUCAAUGCUUUUGCAACUGCUGCCUUUUUCAAGUUUGUGGUCUUCUCAAUUUUUGAGAUGAGAUAUCUUCUUGCAAUAUGGAAGGCAAGUAGGCCUAUGAAUAAUGGUGAAGGUUGGGAGACAAUGAGGCGUGAGCUUUCAGUUCUAUAUAGUCGUUUUUAUGGGAUCCUUUUGGGAGGCAUUCUGGUCAUGUAUGAGUUCCAUAAUUUUCUGAGACCUAUUCUUCUCCUUUUGUACUCUUUUUGGAUACCUCAAAUAAUCACCAAUGUUGUUCGUGACUCAAGAAAACCUUUGCAUCCUCAUUACAUCUUAGGCAUGACUGUUACUCGGCUAGCAAUCCCAUUAUAUAUAUUUGGCUGCCCUCACAACUUCAUGCGCAUUGAACCUGACAGGAGUUGGUGUAUUUGUUUGUGUGUAUUUAUUGUACUCCAAGCAUCUAUUCUUCUUCUCCAGCACUACCUUGGUUCUCGUUGGUUCAUUCCUCGCCAGAUUCUGCCUGAGAAAUAUAGCUACUAUAGAAGGUUUGAUCAAGAUACAAAUCAUGCUACUGAUUGUGUCAUUUGCAUGACUUCCAUCGAUUUUACACAUCGAUCUAAUGACUGCAUGGUGACACCGUGUGAUCAUUUUUUCCACUCUGGUUGUUUACAAAGAUGGAUGGAUAUAAAGAUGGAGUGCCCAACUUGCCGGCGUCCGCUACCACCAGCAUAAGAGCAUCUUCUUACUUUGUUUCUAUAUCAUAUUGGACCAACUGACAUUACCCAACUCACUAAUUCUGGUUGGGAAUAGAAUUGCUUUUCACCUUGAGUUCACCUUCAGAAGAAAAGGUGAGAUACAACAUAAUCAAAACUGUCACAGAUUCUGUAACAGUCCGUAGCUGAUAAUUCUUGUCUUUGUAAUAUAAAUUGUAAUACUUUAGUACAUUUAGCAAUUUUAUAACAGGUGUAAAUCCUUUUUCUUUUCAAUCUUGGGCUCCCACUGUGUUUAUUUGUUUUCUGAGUGGGGUGAGAGAGCUGACGGCUAUUCUGAUGAAAACCAAAUUGGCUUUCAAUUUGAUGCUGUCAAUUAAAGUAAAUGUUUUUUUGCUUGAAACUUCA